AAUAAAACUAGCCCAACGUAAUAUGGAAAGUGAUUUUUCUUAUAUGGACUUUGAUUUGUUUGACGUAGCAAAAAGUGAGUGUUUUUCUAUACUUAACCUCGCGUUAGACAAUCUGGAACUCUACAAUUUUAAUGUCGAUACUCAGGAUGCUAAAAAUGGCAAUACACUAUUGCACUAUGCUGCUGUAGCAGGUAAUAUUGAGACUGUGGACAAAUUAUUAUCGCUAUCAGCUUAUACAAAUAUCUUGAACAAACGUGGAGAAACUGCCCUACAUCUAGCUUGUCGAAGAGGCCAAUUAAGCGUAGUCAAAUUAUUGCUGAAAUAUGGAUCAAAACUCAACUCAAUCGAUUUUUAUGGUGAAACUCCUAUUUUCAAAUCUGUUCAAGGAGAGAACAAAUUAUUAACUCAGUGUCUGUUGUCUGAGGAAAAUGUGAAUCUGAAGAUCUCAAAUCACAGCAGUGAAAGGCUUAUUCAUAUGGGUGUAAAAUUUAACGAUAUAAAUCUUGUUGAAGUGCUACUACAAGCAGGGGAAGAUCCUAAUGUGACAACAGAGGCAGGAGAAACUCCUCUCCAACUAGCUGUUCAAUAUGGACAGAUAGAUAUCUUGAAGCUAUUAAUAGAUCAGCAAGCUGAUUUAAAUGUCAUGGAUACCCAAAACUGUACUCUACUGCACUUGGCUGCAAAAAAUAAUCAAGAAACUAUUUGCAUGCAAUUAAUAAACGAAGGACUCGAUGUAAACUCUCAAGAUGUGAAUGGAUCUUCUCCCCUUCACUUGGCUGUUGAAUUUAAUUCUAGUUCUGUAGUUCAAUUACUUUUAGAAAACAGAGCCGACGUUAAUCAAAACGAUUUGGAUGAUUAUACUCCUUUACAUAUAGCCGCAAAAACAAAAAACAGCUUUGAUGUGUUAGAAUUAUUAAUAAAAUACAAUGGAAAACUGGAUGCUGCCACUGUACAUGGAGAUCUACCCCUUCAUGUUGCUGCAGCUGUAGGCAAUGCUAAAGCGUUCGCUUUUCUUUUUAGCAAAAAAUAUAUCAAUUGCUUAAAUAAUUCGAUGUAUACACCUUUACUAAUUGCUCAACAAAAUGGCUGUUUCUCAAUAGCACAAUUAAUUACAGAAUUAGAUAAAAAUAACAAUGUUCCUCCAAAAAUUCCAGUAUUAACCAAACUUCACGCACUUAAAAGGAGGACCAUUCUUUAAAUAUUACAAUUCAUAAUAUGUUACUCACUCUGUGAUACUAAAUUUAUAUGUGAUACUAUAAGUUAUUAAACAUUUUUUUAAAAUUAGUUAUUAAAACAUGUAUUUUAAAUUG